AAGGGGAAAGCCUUUGCUGUGAUGCCGCUGGGAUGAUGGCUGCUUUCGGGAUCCUGAGUUACGAACACCGGCCACUGAAGCGGCCGAGACUCGGCCCUCCCGACGUUUAUCCACAAGACCCCAAACAAAAGGAGGAUGAAUUGACUGCUUUGAAUGUAAAGCAGGGAUUCAAUAACCAGCCAGCAGUUUCUGGAGAUGAACAUGGCAGUGCCAAGAAUGUCAACUUCAACCCUUCCAAGAUCAGUUCCAACUUCAGCAGCAUCAUCGCAGAGAAACUGCGGUGCAACACCUUUCCGGAUACAGGGAGGAGAAAGCCCCAGGUCAACCAGAAGGAUAAUUUUUGGCUGGUCACUGCAAGGUCUCAGAGCUCCAUAAAUACCUGGUUCACAGACCUGGCUGGAACCAAGCCUCUCACCCAGCUUGCUAAGAAGGUUCCCAUUUUCAGUAAAAAGGAAGAGGUAUUCGGCUACUUGGCGAAGUACACUGUUCCAGUUAUGCGCUCCGCCUGGAUGAUAAAAAUGACCUGUGCCUACUAUGCAGCCAUAACCGAGACCAAAGUGAAGAAGCGGCACGUCAUCGACCCCUGUAUAGAGUGGACCCAGAUCAUCACCAAGUACCUGUGGGAGCAGCUGCAGAAGGUGGCGGAGUUCUACCGCCAGUCCUCCAGCCAGGGCUGUGGCUCCCCCCUGCCCGCCACACCGGCCGAAGUGGAGACGGCCCUGAGGCAGUGGGAGUACAAUGAGAAGCUGGCCAUGUUCAUGUUCCAGGACGGGAUGCUGGACAGACACGAGUUUCUGACCUGGGUGCUGGAGUGCUUCGAGAAGAUCAGGCCAGGGGAGGAUGAGUUACUCAAGCUGCUGCUCCCGCUUCUGCUCCAGUACUCUGGUGAGUUUGUGCAGUCUGCCUACCUGUCCCGACGGCUGGCCUAUUUCUGCACCCGCCGGCUCAACCUGCUGCUAACGGACGGGGGCGGGGGGCCGGGGACGGGGGGUCACCAGCCCCACGGCAUUUCGGCACAGCCCGGCAACGCUCUGCCGCCCACGCCCACCUCCCAGCCAGCAGGGGGCAGUCAGCCCCAGACGCCCUUCACCGACUUCUACAUCUGCCCCCAGCACCGGCCGCUGGUGUUCGGGCUCAGCUGCAUGCUCCAGAGUAUCGUCCUGUGUUGCCCCAGUGCCCUGGUUUGGCACUACUCGCUGACGGACAGCAGGAACAAAACUGGCUCCCCGCUGGAUUUGCUGCCCAUCGCCCCGUCCAACCUGCCCAUGCCUGGGGGGAACAGCACCUUCACCCAGCAGGUACGGACAAAGGUGCGGGAGAUCGAGGAGCAGAUUAAGGAGAGGGGUCAGGCCGUGGAGUUCAGGUGGUCCUUCGACAAAUGCCAGGAAACCACAGCCGGCUUCACGAUAGGCCGGGUCCUGCACACCUUGGAAGUCCUGGACAACCACAGUUUUGAGAAGUCCGACUUCAGCAACUCCCUGGACUCCCUCUACAACCGGAUCUUUGGGUCGGGGCAGAGCAAGGAUGGGCACGAGAUGACUCCGGAUGACGACGCCGUGGUAACGCUGCUGUGCGAGUGGGCGGUGUGCUGCAAGCGGUCGGGCCGGCACCGGGCCAUGGUCGUGGCCAAGCUGCUGGAGAAGAGGCAGGCGGAGAUCGAAGCCGAGCGGUGCGGGGAGUCGGAGGUGGUGGAUGAGAAGGGUUCGGUGUCCUCGGGGUCCCUCUCCGCUGCUACCCUGCCAGUGUUUCAGGACGUCCUGCUGCAGUUCCUGGACACGCAGGCCCCCACGCUCACCGAGCCGGGGAACGAGAGCGAGCGCGUGGAAUUCUCCAACCUGGUGCUGCUCUUCUGCGAGCUGAUCCGGCACGACGUGUUCUCGCACAACAUCUACAUGUGCACGCUCAUCUCCCGCGGCGACCUGGCGUCCGACGCCCACCUGCCCCGCCCCCGCUCCCCCAGCGACGAGCCGGCCGACGAAUCGGAGCGCAAGGACCAGGAGGGGGGGAGCGGCGUCAAGAUGGAGGACACUGGUCUGUCAGAGUCAAUGGAAAUCGAUCACAAUUCGAGCGCUAAUUUUGAUGAGAUGUUCUCCUCUCCGGAGAAGCCGGCCCCAGACCAGGACGGGAAAAGCGGGGUGAAGGAAAAGAGCCUGGACUCGGGCUACCCGCUGGUGUACGAACACCCCCGUCACAUCCAGUAUGCCACACACUUCCCCAUCCCCCAGGAGGAGAGUGCCAGUCACGAGUGUAACCAGCGGCUGGUGGUCCUGUACGGCGUGGGGAAGCAGCGGGACGAGGCUCGGCACACCAUCAAGAGAAUCACCAAAGACAUCCUGAAAGUGCUGAACCGCAAGAGCACCGCAGAGACGGGGGGAGAGGAAGGUCAGAAGAGGAAGAGGAGUAAACCGGAGGCCUUUCCUACUGCCGAAGACAUCUUCUCCAAAUUCCAGCACCUCUCUCACUUUGACCAGCACCAGGUCACCUCUCAGGUGUCCAGGAACGUUCUGGAACAAAUCACCAGCUUUGCCUUAGGGAUGUCCUACCACCUGCCCCUGGUUCAACACAUCCAGUUCAUCUUUGACCUCAUGGAGUACUCUCUCAACAUCAGUGGCCUCAUUGACUUCGCCAUUCAGCUGUUGAACGAGCUAAGCCUGGUGGAAGCGGAGUUGCUUUUGAAGUCCUCCAGCUUGGUGGGCAGCUACACCACGGGGCUGUGCCUGUGUAUCGUGGCUGUGUUGAGGAGGUACCACUCCUGCCUCAUCCUCAACCCCGACCAGACGGCGCAGGUCUUCGAUGGGCUGCGCAUCGUGGUGAAAUCGGGGGUGAAUCCAGCAGACUGCUCCUCUGCUGAGCGCUGCAUCCUGGCCUACCUGUAUGACUUGUACACCUCCUGCAGCCACCUCAAGAGCAAAUUCGGGGAGAUCUUCAGUGAGUUUUGCUCCAAGGUGAAGAACUCGAUCUACUGCAACAUCGACCCAUCCGACUCCAACAUGCUCUGGGACCCCGUGUUCAUGAUGGACACCAUCACCAACCCCUCGGCGCAGAACUUCAACCACUCCAUGGUCGGGAAGAUCCUCAACGACAGCCCGGCCAACCGCUACAGCUUUGUGUGCAACGUGCUGAUGGACGUGUGUGUGGACCACCGCGACCCCGAGAGGGUGAACGACAUCGGGAUCCUGUGCGCCGAGCUGACGGCGUACUGCCGCUCCCUCAGCGCCGAGUGGCUCGGCGUCCUCAAGGCCCUCUGCUGCUCGUCCAACAACGGCAACUGCGGCUUCAACGACCUGCUCUGCAACGUGGACGUGAGCGACCUGUCCUUCCACGACUCCCUGGCCACCUUCGUCGCCAUCCUCAUCGCACGACAGUGUCUCCUCCUGGAGGACCUGGUCCGCUGCGUGGCCAUCCCGUCUCUCCUCAACGCCGCCUGCAGUGAACAGGACUCUGAACCUGGGGCCAGACUCACCUGCCGGAUCCUACUGCACCUAUUCAAGACCCCCCAGCGCAACCCCUGCCCCCAGGACGGGACCAAGUCAGAUAAAGCUUCCGUUGGGAUCCGGUCGUCGUGCGAUCGCCAUCUGCUGGCAGCCUCGCAGAAUAGCAUCGUCGUCGGAGCGGUCUUUGCUGUCCUAAAGGCCGUCUUCAUGCUGGGAGACGCGGAGCUGAAGGGCUCGGGCUUCUCUCACCCCGCCGGCCUGGAGGACAUCGCUGAGGACCGGCGCACCGUCUCCAUAGAAACGGCCAGCUUAGACGUGUACGCCAAGUACGUGCUGAAGAGCAUCUGCCAGCAGGAGUGGGUGGGCGAGCGGUGUCUGAAGUCACUCUCGGAGGACAGCAGUGCCCUGCAGGACCCGGUGCUGGUCAACAUCCAGGCCCAGCGCCUGCUGCAGCUCAUCUGUUACCCCCACCGCCAGCUGGACAGCGAGGAGGGAGACAACCCCCAGAGACAGCGGAUCAAACGCAUCCUGCAGAACAUGGAUCAGUGGACCAUGAGGCAGUCCUCUCUGGAGCUCCAGCUGAUGAUCAAGCAGAGCACAAACAAUGAGCUUAACUCUCUGCUGGAGAACAUUGCGAAGGCCACGAUCGAGGUGUUCCAGAAGUCAGCGGAGAUGAACUCCAGUAACCCCUCGGGGAACGGGUCAGCAGGCUCCGGCAGCAUGGGCAACUCCGUCUCCAACAGCAACAACGCCAACAAGCUCAAGCCCGUGCUCAGCUCUUCGGAGCGCUCCGGGGUGUGGCUGGUGGCCCCUCUCAUCGCCAAGCUGCCCACCUCGGUGCAGGGCCACGUCCUGAAGGCUGCCGGGGAGGAGCUGGAGAAGGGCCAGCACCUGGGCUCCUCGUCCCGCAAGGAGAGGGACCGCCAGAAACAGAAGAGCAUGUCGCUCCUGAGCCAGCAGCCCUUCCUGUCUCUGGUGUUAACCUGUUUAAAGGGGCAGGACGAGCAGAGAGAAGGUCUCCUCACCUCUCUCUUCAGCCAGGUACAGCAGAUUGUCACCAACUGGCGUGAAGACCAGUACCAGGACGACUGCAAGGCCAAGCAGAUGAUGCAUGAGGCCCUCAAGUUACGGCUCAACCUGGUGGGCGGGAUGUUUGACACGGUGCAGCGCAGCACCCAGCAGACCACCGAGUGGGCGGUGCUUCUGCUCGACAUCAUCAGCAGCGGCACAGUGGACAUGCAGUCCAACAACGAGCUGUUCACCACCGUCCUGGACAUGCUGAGCGUGCUCAUCAACGGCACACUGGCCGCAGACAUGUCCAGCAUCUCUCAGGGCAGCAUGGAGGAGAACAAGAGGGCCUACAUGAACCUGGUCAAGAAGCUCCGGAAGGAGCUGGGGGAACGGCAGUCCGAGAGCCUGGAGAAGGUGCGGCAGCUGCUGCCUCUGCCCAAGCAGACGCGGGACGUCAUCACCUGCGAGCCCCAGGGCUCGCUCAUCGACACCAAGGGCAACAAGAUCGCCGGCUUCGAGAAGGAGGGCCUUCAAGUUUCCACGAAGCAGAAGAUCUUGCCGUGGGACGUGUUCGAGGGGCUGAAGUACUCGGCCCCCCUGUCCUGGGGCUGGUUCGGGACGGUGCGAGUGGACCGCAAGGUCACCAAGUUCGAGGAGCAGCAGCGCCUCCUGCUGUACCACACACACCUGAAGCCCAAACCCCGCAGCUACUACCUGGAGCCGCUGCCACUGCCCCCGGAGGAGGAGGAGCCGCCCACGCCCGUGCCCCAGGAGCCCGAGAAGAAGAUGGUGGAGGCCGUCAAGCCGGAGAAGAGCACGCCCACCGUCGCCACGGAGACCAAGAAGAAGUCCGCCAAGAAGAAAAGGAACCAGUCCACAAGCAAGACCGAGGAGUACGUGCCCACACAGAGAGGGGUACCCUAUGGGACGAGCAUGCCCCCUGACCUCUUGCUCAGCCAGCAGGGGCUCCAGUUCAACAGGAUGUACAGCCAGCAACCCCUGGGCAUCUACGCCCAGAACCAGCCACUACCUGCAGGAGGUCCCCGGCUGGACACGCCCUACCGGCCUGCUCGUAACUCCAUCUCCAUCGGAAAGCUGAUGCCCACCAGGCCCACGUACCCGGGCAUGAUGCCCGCCAUGUCCGGUAUGCCAGGCCUGAUGGGCCUGGACAAACAGCAGUACCAAAUGGGGAAUUACAAGCCACAGCCAACCAUACCACAGGGACAGAUACUGCGCCAGCAACUCCAGGCCAGACUGAACCAGAGCAUGCUGGGACAGCCGAUGAGACAGAUCACCCCCAACCCCCAGUACGGAUCCAUGCAGCCGUCUCAGGGCUACACCACGUACGGCUCGCACAUGCAGCCGCACCCCUCCCAGGCCGGCGGGAUCGUCCCUCCCGCGUACGCCAACCAGAACUUUCCAGGCUCGCACCCAGCCGCCAACCCCGCCAUGGUGGACUCGCUCAGACAGAUCCAGCAGCGGCCCAGCGGCUACGUGCACCAGCAGGCCCCGGGAUACGUGCACAACAUGCAGAACACGCAGAGGUUUCCACACCAGCCCAUCCAGCAGGCGCCCCUGAUGCCCGGGCCGGGACUGGGGCACAUGCAGGGCCAGGGGGUGCACCCCGGUAUGCGACCGAACCAGAUACUGGCCGAGCAGCAGCAGCAACAACAGCAGCAGCAGCAACAACAGCAACAACAGCAGCAAGUUCAACAACAGACGCAGCAGCAGCAGUUUCUGCGACAGCAGGCCCUGAGGCAGCAGCAGGUGCAGCAGCAGCAGCAGCAACAACAGCAGGUGCAGCAACAACAACAGCAGCAGGUGCAGCAACAGCAACAGCAGCAACAACAGGUCCAACAGCAGCAGCAGCAGCAGCAACAACAACAACAGCAGCAACAGCAGCAGCAACAACAGCAACAACAGCAGGUCCAGCAGCAACAAGUCCAGCAGCAGGUGGCAGCAGCCCAGCCCCCCAGCCAGCAACCCCAGGCCCUGGGCAUGCAGCCUCUUCCCCCUCAGCAGCCUCUGUUCCCCCGGCAGGGCAUGCAGCAGACGCAGCAGCAGCAGCAGACGGCAGCCCUGGUCAGACAGCUCCAGCAACAGCUCUCGAAUACACAACCUGGACAAAACACCACCCCGUAUUACUGAUAGUUUGUGUAAAUGUGUGUGUGUGUGUGUGUGUGUGUGUGAGCGGGGGUGUUCUGAGCCCCCAGAUGAGUGUGCCCAGUGUCGUGGGGGACCCAACAGGGCAACACCUGCACCCAGACCCAGAAUCACGACCACUUCUGCCACGGUGGUGUAGUGAUGGGGUGGGGUCCGUUCCUGCCACCCUGAAGGGCACUAACUCCACCUACUACUUAAACGUAGAUGCAGUGACCUGCUUAUGUGUUGCCCAAAUCCUGCUGACUCCACUUGAAAAGGUGUAAUUCUGAAAUCCGAUGGAAGGGAUCUUGCUGUGAAAAUAGUGAUCAUGGAGAAUAAUGGAAGAGUUUAUGUAUAAAAAAAAAAAAGAAGUCCAAGAAAUUAUAAUAAUGCAAUUUUUUAAAUUUUAUUUUAUUUCAACUUGUACAUUUUCUUUUUGGUUUUGUGUAUUUCUCAUUAAAAAAAUCAUGUCA